AUGUCUUCGCCGCAAACUGUCCCCACCCUAGGGUCUCCCUAUGAGAAGGAAAUCUCAAGGAUCCGUUCGACAGAAGAUACUUCUCCUCCCACCGAAAAUGCCGAGAAAAGAGCCCAGAGGCAGCCCGGUGGGCCGUUUGCCUCUUCGAGAAUGGCUGCAUAUCUUAGACGAUUCGAACAGCAGCUCGUCGAAUAUAAUCUGGAAGCCCGUGGCAUAGAGCGGGUGCAAGAGCAUGAACGGAUGUCCAAGUUGACUUGGGUUUCUUACAUGCAGGCUUUCUUGCUUUGGGUCUCGAUCAACUUGGCGGCCAACAACAUCACACUGGGUAUGCUGGGACCUGCUACAUACGGACUGAGCUUCCUUGACUCGGCUCUAUGCGGAGUGUUCGGUGCUUUAGUCGGUGCCAUAGUUUCUUCGUGGAUGGCCACAUGGGGCCCUAUAUCCGGUAUUCGGACUAUGGCAUUCGGACGCUAUUCAAUGGGAUGGUGGCCCAGCAAACUCAUCGUCAUCUUGAACCUGAUCCAAAUGCUGGGAUAUGGCUUGAUCGACUGCGUGGUUGGCGGGCAGAUCUUGUCCGCCGUUUCACCACAUGGACACAUGACGGUUGCUGUGGAAGGCAUCGUGAUCAUCGCCAUCAUCAGUUGGGUCAUAGCCACUUUCGGCAUUCAAAUCUUCCAUUACUACGAGCGAUUUGCCUUUCUCCCCCAGCUUAUCGUUGUUUGCAUACUGUUCGGUAUGUCGGGGACGAAAUAUGACUUGUCCACACCAUCCACUGGCGACGCUCGCACAGUAGCCGGAAACCGUCUGUCCUUCUUCUCGCUUUGUCUCAGUGCCGCAAUUACAUAUGCACCUCUUGCGGCAGACUUCUUCGUCUAUUAUCCUCAGAAUACCUCGAGGACAUCUCUCUUUUUCCUCUCCUUGGGCGGCCUAAUGACCUCUUUCACCAUGGCAUUCCUCGUCGGCAUCGGUCUCGCAUCGGGCAUCACCUCGGACCCAGCGUACAGCAAAGCAUUCGCCGACGGUGCCGGAGCACUUAUCGUCGAAGGGUUCAGCCCUCUUAAUGGAUUUGGCAAGUUUUGCGCCGUAGUCGUUGCACUCGGUCUUAUCGCCAACACCAUCCCACCCACGUACUCGGCUGGCGUAGAUUUCCAGAUCCUCGGAAGAUACGCCGAAAAGGUGCCCAGAGCCAUUUGGAACGCCAUCGGAGUGAUCAUCUACACUGUGUGCGCCCUAGCGGGCCGAAGCAAUCUUUCCGACAUCUUCACCAACUUCCUCGCGCUCAUGGGCUACUGGGUCGCCAUCUGGAUAGCCAUUAUCCUAGAAGACCGCUUUAUCUUCCGCGCCCGCAGCGGAUACAACUGGCAUUCCUGGAACGACCCGUCGAAGCUGCCCUUGGGCAUUUCCGCUUUCAUUGCCUUCUUGAUCGGUUGGGCAGGCGCGAUCCUAUGCAUGGCGCAGGUGUGGUAUAUCGGGCCUUUGGCACGAUUGGUGGGUGAAUAUGGCGCCGAUAUGGGCACCUACGUUGCUUUUUCAUGGACGUGUGUGGUCUAUCCGCCUCUCCGAUAUGUCGAACUCCGCUACUUUGGACGACAUCAUUGUCUUUCAAAACAAAAGAAUUGUACAUCAAAUUGA